UCAUAACCAAAGCUCAGUUUGACAUAUUGUUAUGCCUGCAUCACAAAAAGCCAUGCUACAUUGUGUCCUUUUAGGUUUUCUGUUGAGCUGUGUUGGCUAUUUUGUCCCUGAACACAAUUGUGAGGCAUCAGAGUUUACCUUACAAGGGGACGUGAAAAUCGGGGGCAUUUUUCCUGUACAUUCAGCAGGAGACCUAGUAAUCCAAAGUUCACCUGUGGCACUGGAAUGCUUAACGCAACCAUUUUUAAUGCAGGGUUAUGAGCUCUUUCAGGUGAUGAGGUUUGCUGUAGAAGAAAUCAAUAACUCCUCCACCCUCCUGCCAAAUGUCUCUCUCGGCUAUGAGAUCUUUGACUUUUGCACAGAUGCUCAGAAUUUCCCUUCCAUCCUAAAUUUGGUCUCACAUAAUGGGCGAAUAAAAGUGAGGGGAAAUCAGAAGGAUAAUAGACAUAAUGUUGUUGGUGUUGUGGGGCCGUUUGGAAGCUCUGAAUCUUUGACAAUUGCACCUCUGUUCAUGAUGAACCUCAUUCCGCUGAUUAGCUAUGGAUCUUCCAGCUACACUCUAAGUAAUAAGUUGAUAUAUCCAUCCUUUUUGAGGACGGUACCGACCAACAAAGAUGAAAUACAGUUCAUUGUUCAGAUCAUCCAGCAGUUUCAGUGGAACUGGGUUGCUUUCAUUGCCAGCCAAGACGAGUACAGCCAAGAUGGACUCGACUUAUUUCGCAAGACCAUACAGGAUACCAGCAUAUGCUUGGCCUCUGUUCAUGAACUCAAUACAAAGUCAAAUUUUGAGGACAUACUACACAAGAUAGACUCACUGGGCAUAAAUGUCAUCGUAGUUUUCUCGCUGGAGGACGACGCUAGAAGUUUACUGAAGACAGCUAUUAGGAUCAAUUUAAGACCCAAAGUUUGGAUAGCAGGUGAUGCGUGGUCUAUGGACCCCAUUCUCUCCGAAGACCCAGAGAUUAAGAAAGUUGGAACGAUUCUUGGAAUCACAAUGAAUAACAUGGGCUUGCCUGGAUUUGAAGAUUUUGUCUACAGAUCACGGUUCAAAGAUGAAGCUGAUGAGUGUGAGAAUUGCAUGAAUGAUACAGAUGAACAGAUAUGUAACCAAGCUUGUGAAAACUGCACGAGUAUAAAAACGGAAGAAAUUGUGAACAACAACCCCACAUUCUCCUUUUCUGUGUACUCGGCCGUGUACACAUUAGCCUAUGCGUUACAUAAUGCUCUCAACUGCACAAAUACCAGCUGCAGCCAGGUUGAAGAUGUUCCACCAUAUUUGGUUCUACAACACAUUAGGAAAUCCAACUUCACAUUACAAAAUCGACAAAUUAAAUAUGAUGCAAAUGGAGACCCACCAGCCAGUUAUGCAGUUGUCCUCUGGAGACCAGAGACUGAUCCCUUUUUCCUGACGGUUGGCACAUAUGAUACAUAUCCAACAGUCCAGUUUACCUUAAUCAAGAACUUGGUUACCUGGUAUGAAAAUCGCAGUGUGCCUUUCUCUAAUUGUUCUGUUGAAUGUGAGGCUGGAUUUGCGCGAGUGCAGAAUUCAGUACAUAAGUGCUGUUUUCAUUGUAAUAAAUGUACGGUCAAUACAUACAUCAACACCUCAGGUAACCUCUACACCUGUGCUUCCUGUAAGGUGGAUGAAUGGUCUGAGGAGGGGAGCACAUCCUGUAUUAAGCGCACCAUUGUUUAUCUUUAUCACUCAGAACCUCUCUCUGUUGUUUUUCUGGUGUGUGCAGCAUCCUUCAUAGUUCUUUCCAUCACAAUCACUGUCCUUUUUGCCAUCAAUUACAAUACUCCAGUUGUGAAAUCUGCUGGUGGCAACAUGUGUUUCCUCAUGUUAGUUUGUCUGAUUCUGUCCAACAUCGGAGUGUUCUUUUAUUUCGGAGUGCCUCAGCCUGCGGACUGUGUUUUAAGAAAUAUCUUUUUUAUCUUUUUCUACACCGUCUGCCUUUCAUGCAUGGCGGUGCGUUCCUUUCAGAUCGUUUCGGUCUUCAAAAUGGCGGCAAAGUUCCCAAAGAUUCACAGCUGGUGGGUGAAGUACAAUGGCCAGUGGCUCUGCCUUGCCGUGUACUCUGUUCUGCACCUUAUUGCUUGCUGGACGUGGCUUCAGUUUGGCAUGCCCAAGCCCUACAACGACACCGCAUCCUUUAAAGAUCAGACUAUUCUCUCUUGUGACAUAGGAACGGUGGUCACAUCCAUCUUAGCUUGGUUGUUUCUCUGGUUUCUCAGCGUGGUCUGUUUUUGUUUCUCCUACAUGGGGAAAGACCUUCCAAAAAAUUACAAUGAAGCAAAGUCCAUCACGUUUAGCCUGGUUUUGUUUUACCUGGGCUGGAUUGCAUAUUUCACUGCAUACAUUGUGUCCAGAGGACAGUAUGUACAACUUCUUAAUGCUGUGGCCCAGCUAUCCAGCUCAUAUGGAAUUAUUUUCAGUUUUUUCAUCCCAAGGACCUACAUCAUAGUUUUUCAACCAAACAAGAACACUCAAGCGUACUUUCAGACAAAAAUCCAGACUUACACCCAGACCAUUAGCAGAAUGUAGAGUUGCACAAAAUGUUGCUUACUCUAGGCCUCAUUCAACAAGCAUCCUUACGAACAAAUCCAUUCUUAAACUCUACUUAUGCACUUUUUAUUAAGAAUCUGAUGUUCACUAAUGUUUUCUCACCUAGAAUUUGUUCUUAGCUAAGAGCAGAAUGUAGGAACACUCCAGACCAAUUGUAUGCACAUGCUCUAACAUGAUCAGUUAGAGCAGUUUUGUUCAUCAUAAGUAAAUAAAAUUAUAGUAUUUUGAA